AUGGGACACGAAGAAGAGAAGGACUGGCGCCAAAGUGGGCCCCCCUUAAUAGACAGGCACAAUUAUGGGUCGGAUGUCUCGGAUCCGAUUCAUAAUCCGAUCAAAUUCGGGUCGGAUUUUGGCUUCUUUGAGGCGGCGGGCGAGAAGAUAUUUGGUGGGGAAUUGGGCGAACCGGUAAUCCCCAAGGACGCCGCCGCACAGCUUCACGCGCCGCCACGCAUGGCUUAUCAGUCAGUCUCCAUUUCUAUAUCAGCUUUGACGCCGACUGCGGCGCGGUUUCCACCUCUCUCUUCUCCUUCAACUUCAUCCGCAUCAUUUCCGGCGGCGUCUUCAAACACCGUAUGCUUGUUUCCGCGGCUGAAUUGUUCAUCUAGAUUUCGAACCGUACGAUGGACGCGUGAACGGCGGAGGUCAUGGAUUGUUGGUAUGGCUCCCGAAGAAGAGAAGAUGACUCGCCGUUCGCCCCUCGACUUUCCUAUUGAGUGGGAAAGGCCAAAGCCAGGACGGAGACCAGAUAUCAUGCCCCAAUUCAGCCCGAUGAAAACUCCAUUGCCACCACCAAUGCCGGCAGAUCCUCCUGAGGAAGACGAAGAAGAGGAAGAGGAGAAGAGAGAGGAAGAGGAGGAGAAUCCGGAGAAGGAAGAUCCUGACAAACCCGACAAGUAAAACAUAUUUAAUCUGAGUUAAUAUAGCGAUUGCUGAUUUACAGGAUAUAUUAAGAUGAUGCACCACCUCUAUUUGGCAUAUGCUAUGAUCUUGCAAUAGGAUUUUUUUAUAUUUGUUAUUUUUUUUGUUGAUGAUCUUGCAAUAGGAUUUUAUUUAUAUUUUUAUUAGGUUAAAUGGUCGAAUGUUUUGCAGAUUUUGUAGGCAAUGUUACUAUUUUGUUUUACAUCUUAUGACUAAUAAUAUUUGCUUA